UGUUUUCCUUUUUUUUUUAGAAAGCAAACGUGUUUAAUAUUUACAACUCCCACUUAAAAUGCUGCCCAAAACACCAAAACCUGCGAUUUGGAAAUUCAUCAAAGGAAGUGCCAAAACACUGUUUGUCCUCGAGGCAGUUUGCUUUGCAGCCAGCUACGGCGUUUAUUAUCGCAUGAACACGAAUCGAGAGUUUCGGCAGCACAUCCACGAGAACUAUCCCUUCGUUCUGGACUAUUACUAUAAAAUCGGUGAAAUCGUGGGAGACAGCACGGUGCGACAGGCGGAUGCCAAUUAUUGGAGUGCUUUAAAGAAAAGCGACUAGAAGAGACC